AUGAACUUUUUUACUAUCAAUGACGUUUCCAACAAUUUGCUGAAGAGUACUUUUCACAGGUUUCCUGCUGUUUUUAAUAAUUUUUACUCGCCUACAAAAUAUAAAUUAUCAGAAACUGAAGUUAGUAGGACCAGUCACAGUGCAUCCGCCUUUGCUUAUGGCCUCUUUGAAGGAACCGGCUUCCUUGGAAGCUGCGGGUAUCAGCCGGUCGACAUACUUUCAACAGGGAAGGAGAAGGAUAUUUUCCUGCGCUUUUUCGACACGUGUCAAGUUUAUAAAGAACUUCACGAAACCAAGAAAGCUACUUUUAAGCAACAGCAACGCGCAUUUCGAAGGUCAAGUCUCUAUCGGAAAGUUCUACAAGAAGUAUCUACUAAACUGAAUUUGGAGUCGAUGGAUUAUAAAUUAUUGAAGGGGAUUUAUAGGCUUUGCAGUUAUCGCACAGUUCACUUUGGAGAGUUAAGCACUUGGUGUGAAUUUCUUACUGUAGAAAACUUAUAUGUAUUAGAAUUUCAUGAAGAUUUGAAGCAUUGGUGGAAGAAAUCAUAUGCUUAUGAGGCCAACUAUAAGAUUGCUGCCCCGUUGCUUGAGGACUUGCUGAACGGAAUCAUUCAGAGCGCGAAUGGAGGAAAACUCAACGCGCAUUUUAGGUUCGCCCACGCCGAAACGCUGCAAUGAGUUGAAACA